AUGAAUUCGCCUGACCUCUGGAGUGCCCCAGAAGUACAGUUUUGCUUUGCUGCUGCGAACAGUUCUUGCCCGAGGAAGGCGAGGCCUGCGCUCCUUGUCUGUGCCAUGUAUCUCGUCAUGAUUGGAGCGAUAGUGCUGACCAUGCUGGGAAACAUGGCUGUGAUUAUCUCUAUUGCCCAUUUCAAGCAGCUCCACUCCCCAACCAACUUCCUCAUUCUCUCCAUGGCUACCACAGACUUCCUGUUGAGUUGCGUGGUCAUGCCCUUCAGUAUGAUCCGGUCCAUCGAGUCGUGCUGGUACUUCGGGGACCUCUUUUGCAAAGUUCACAGCUGCUGUGACAUCAUGCUCUGUACGACAUCCAUUUUCCACCUGUGCUUCAUCUCAGUUGACCGCCACUAUGCCGUCUGUGACCCUUUGCACUAUGUCACUCAAAUCACCACCCGGGUCGUAGGGGUCUUUCUACUCAUCAGUUGGUCCGUUCCCAUCUUUUUUGCCUUUGGCUUGGUAUUCUCAGAAUUGAAUUUGAUCGGUGCUGAGGAGUUUGUUGCAGCCAUUGACUGCACAGGUUUGUGUGUGUUGAUAUUUAACAAGCUCUGGGGAGUGCUGGCUUCCUUCAUAGCUUUCUUUCUGCCUGGGACAGUCAUGGUGGGGAUUUACAUACACAUUUUCACAGUUGCCCAGAAACAUGCCAGGCAGAUUGGUACAGGUCCUAGGACAAAACGGGCCCCCUCAGAAAACAAACUGAAGGCCACCUCCAGAAAGGAAAGCAAGGCCACCAAGACUUUAAGCAUAGUCAUGGGAGUGUUUGUAUUGUGUUGGCUACCCUUUUUUGUCUUGACAAUCACAGACCCUUUCAUUGAUUUUACCACCCCUGAAGAUUUGUAUAAUGUUUUCCUUUGGCUUGGUUAUUUUAAUUCCACUUUCAACCCCAUCAUAUAUGGAAUGUUCUAUCCCUGGUUUCGAAAGGCCCUGAGGAUGAUAAUCACAGGAACGAUCUUCCACUCUGACUCUUCCACGUCAAGCCUGCACCCCGCCCAUCCUUAG